CAAAAAAAUAAAAAUGCCUCUUGAGAAGGAGGCAGCGAAGUAGAUAGCUAUGAAGAAGAUUGUGUACCCACAGUUCAAUCUCAGUCCCACCUCAUCAUUUCUCUUCUAUUCAUUUCUUCUCUUUCUUUUGUUUUUAUUAUUUUAUUUUUUCUCUAAAUGUAAAAUCAUAAAUCACCCAGUAACUUUCUUGCUUGAGUGAGAAAAACUACUAAACACAGUGCUGGUGCUAUAUCUUUUAUAUACUAUUUCAAGAAUUGGGUUCUUUUUCACAUUUGAGAAAGAACCCAAGUUUAGUUAGCUUCAUCCAAGAAUCAAGAUGCGGAGCAUGGCCAGCUCUGCCACCCCUAAAGGCAUCGCCGCCAUUGUAGGCGUUGGACCAAAGCUGGGCCGAUCCAUUGCUCGCAAGUUUGCUCAUGAAGGCUACACUGUGGCUAUUCUUGCUCGUGACUUAGGGAGAUUAUCAAGAUUUGCAGAUGAGAUAGCAAGACAAGAAAAGGCUCAAGUAUUUGCAAUAAGAAUAGACUGUUCAGAUUCAAGAAGUGUAAGAGAAGCAUUUGAAGGAGUUCUUUCACUUGGAUUUGUAGAAGUUCUUGUUUAUAAUGCCUAUCAACCAGUUCCUUGGCAUCCUACCAAUUUCACUGAUAUCAGAAUUGACUCUUUUGAGAGGUCACUUGCAGUUUCCUCUGUAGGAGCUUUCCUUUGUGCCCAACAGGUACUUCCAGGCAUGGUGGAGAGAGGAAAAGGGACAAUUCUUUUCACUGGAUGUUCAGCUUCUUUAAAUGGCAUUGCUGGUUUUUCUGAACUAUGCUGUGGAAAGUUUGCAUUGAGAGCUCUAUCACAAUGCCUAGCCAGGGAGUUUCAGCAUCAAGGAGUGCACAUUGCCCAUGUUAUGAUCGAUGGUGUAGUUGGCCCACCUAGGGGACCAUCAAGCUCCCAAAGGACGUCAGUUGGGGAACAACAGCAACAGAGUGUAGGUGGAAAUACUAGUGGAGACCUAAUGGACCCUGACUCUCUUGCUCUAACCUACUGGCAUUUGCAUGUUCAAGACCGCUUCGCUUGGACCCAAGAGAUCGACCUUCGCCCUUCCAACUCCAUCCUUAGAUUCUUCUAGUUCCCCCUCAUACCCACACCCAAAUGCAAUUAUUGCCAGCCUCUUCCUUCAAUUUCCCACUUUCCCUUCACCACCGCCAAGCUUUGCACCAGAAAGAUCGCACCUGAUGCACUGAAACUAAAAUUUAAAAGAAAAAUAGCGUCGGCCCUUUUUACCUUAUAUAUGUAUAUAUACAUAUGCAUACAUUUUGUGUGCUUUCAGAUGAUUCUAGCAACAUGUUUAGGAGCAUUGAAGGCAAUAGCUUUUUUAUAUGAAUCCUCGACAGCGUUGUUUGUCGUUUUCAAUUUGGAUAAUAUCUUCUUUUGUCUUUCACCCCAUUUUGUUUUAUUAAUUCCAUAGCCAUAAAAAGAAAAACAAAAAAACAGCCCAUUUGUGAUCUACGUUCAAGAGGGGAAGAUUUCAAAUAUAUAUAAAUAUAUAUUUGUCUUCUGGGUUCUCAUUGUAUUCUCUGGUGAUGAAUUGAUUGUAUAUAGUUUGUUCUAUUUGAUGAAUAAAUAAAGACAUUGGGUUUGUGAUAA